GGACCUCAAAUAAAUUACACACUCCUUCUUAUAAUAGAUUGAGGUAGAAGUGGGUUCUAAAAGUUGAAGAUCAUCUUGCAGGAAAAAAAAAGCGAAGAUCGGUCAAGAUGGAGAUCGCGGUAAGAGAAUCGACGAUGGUAAGGCCCGCAAAGGAGACACCGAGCAAAAAGCUAUGGAUCUCUAGCCUCGAUCUCAUGGCCCCAAAUUACCACACGCCAGUGGUGUAUUUUUACCGGCCCAAUGGUGCUGUCAGCUUCUUUGAUACGAAAGUGAUGAAGGAUGCUUUGAGCAGGGCGUUAGUUGCAUUUUAUCCAAUGGCAGGGCGAUUUGUACAAGACCAAGAUGGUCGGGUUGAGAUUGAUUGUCAAGGACAAGGUGCGUUGUUUUUUGAAGCCGAGUCUAAUGGUGUGGUCGAUGAUUUUGGUGACUUUGCGCCCCAAAUGAAGUUCUUGAAACUCGUUACAAUGGUGGAUUACUCCCUAGGAAUUGAAUCCUAUCCUCUGCUGGUCUUGCAAGUGACUUACUUCAAAUGUGGUGGAGUUUCGCUAACAGUUUCAAUGCACCAUUAUCUUGCGGAUGGGCCAUCCGCGAUGCACUUUAUAAACACAUGGGCGGAUAUGGCUCGUGGCCUUGACAUCAACCUCCCACCCUUCAUAGACCGAACCCUCCUUCGUGCACGGGACCCACCACAACCCACUUUUGAGCACAUCGAAUAUCACCCAGAUCCAACAAUGCCGCUCCAAGUCCCAUCAGAUGAAACCGAAACUAACUUCUCAAUUUUCAAAUUAACACGAGACCAACUCAAUUUGCUCAAAGCACAAUCAAAGGAAGAUGGGAACACAAUCAACUACAGCUCUUUUGAAAUUCUCUCGAGCCAUGUUUGGAAAUGUGUGUGUAAAGCCCGCGGGUUGCCUGACGAUCAGGGCACCAAGCUCGACAUCCCGACUGAUGGACGGGCCCGCUUUCAACCACAUCUUCCACCUGGCUAUUUCGGGAAUGCUAUCUUCACAACCGCAGUUAUAGCUACUGCAGGCGAAAUUCAACCAAAACCCACCUGGUACGCUGCAAGUAAAAUCCAUAAUGCGCUAGUGAAUAUGAAUAGUGAUUAUCUAAAAUCAGCAUUGGAUUAUCUGGAACAACACCUUGAUCAAAAGCCCAAGGUUUCUUAUAAAUACACGAAUCUUCGAAUAAUAAGUUGGGCUAGGCUCUUGAUUCACGAGGCUGACUUCGGAUGGGGCCGACCCAUCUUCAUGGGGCCUACUAGUAUCCCAUUAGGAAGCUGUUAUUUUUUACCAAGCCCGAUAAACGAUGGGAGCUUAUCGAUCAUCAUUGGGCUAGAAGCUGAGCAAAUGAAGCUUUUCAGCAAGUUGUUGUAUGCAAUCUGAAAUUAAACGGUUGAUAGGAUUAUUGUGAAUUUCAUUGCAACAAUAAUUUAUCAUCUUAUGAAUAAACAUUGAGUGGCAGGGUUGAUGAUUGUUUUGACGGUUAAGGUGGUUAUUGUGUUUGGAUGGUUGAUGAUGAAU